CCGUAAAGUGUGGUGUUUUGGACGGGAGGAGGUCAUUAGAAAGUGAGGAGUAGGUACUGCCCGGCUGGAAAGGCACGGAGACCUUUGGUGCCAGUGUAUCUCUGAUGCCUGAGUGAGAUAAAUACAUUAUUCUACGGCUCUGUGUAGUGCUUCAACCGCUGCGAAAUGCUUCGUCUCAUCCUGCGGCUCAGGCCGUCCGCCGGGCUCUCCUGUCCCCGUGCCCUCCCGGCAGGGCCUGCUAUGCUUAGCUCCCGCUCCGUUCCUGGAACCGGGCGACUGAGGCGACUUCACAGCGGUGCUGGGUCCCGGGCGAUGUGUUUGACAACCGGUCUGAGCCACAGAGCAGCCCUGCUCAGGUGUCCACAGCUUGCAGGUAGCUGUCAGAGCACGCGCUUCUACAGCCUGCCGCCACACCAGAAGGUGGAGCUUCCUGCACUGUCACCCACCAUGCAGACAGGAACGAUUGCUCGCUGGGAGAAGAAGGAGGGAGAAAAAAUCAGUGAGGGUGACCUUAUAGCCGAGGUGGAGACUGACAAAGCAACAGUAGGCUUUGAGAUGCUGGAAGAGUGCUAUUUGGCAAAGAUUCUGGUUCCUGAAGGGACCAGAGAUGUCAUUGUUGGAGCUGUAAUCUGCAUCACAGUUGACAACCCCGACCUCAUUCCAGCCUUUAAAGACGUCACACUGGACUCACUUGGAGCAGCAGGUGCGGGUCCCUCACCUGCUGCCUCUGCUCCUCCUCCUCCUGCUGCUGCUCCUGCGCCUGCUCCUCCCGCCGCCCCAGGCAGCUCUUACCCCACACACAUGAAGAUCACACUUCCUGCUCUGUCUCCCACCAUGACGAUGGGGACAGUGCAGCGUUGGGAAAAGAAGGUUGGAGAGAAGCUGAGUGAAGGAGAUCUGCUGGCAGAGAUUGAGACUGACAAGGCAACCAUUGGCUUUGAGGUGCAGGAGGAAGGAUAUUUGGCCAAAAUCAUGAUAGAAGAAGGAACUCGGGAUGUUCCUCUGGGAACGCCACUCUGCAUCAUUGUAGAGAAAGAAAGUGACAUAGCUGCCUUCAAGGAUUAUGUAGAGACCGGAGUGGCAGAGGUUUCCAUGCCACCUCCUGCUCCAGCACCCACACCCGCUCCAGCUGCAGCUCCAGCUCCUGCAGCACCCACUCCUCCACCCGCAGCCGCUGCCCCAGCAGCACCCAGGAAAGGUCGUGUGUUUGCAAGUCCACUUGCCAAGAAACUCGCUGCUGAGAAAGGAAUUGACCUGGCACAGGUCAGCGGCACUGGUCCUGAUGGACGCAUCACCAGGAAAGAUAUUGACAGCUUUGUGCCACCGAAGGCUGCACCUGCGGUAGCUGCUGCUCCCGCUCCAGCCGCAGCUCCAGCUGCUCCUGCAGCUGCUGCUGCUGCACCAGCCGGGACCUUUACAGACAUCCCUAUCAGCAACAUCCGCAAGGUCAUUGCUCAAAGGUUGAUGCAGUCCAAGCAAACGAUCCCCCACUAUUAUCUGUCAGUAGAUGUUAACAUGGACCAAGUGAUCCAGCUUCGACAAGAACUUAAUGCUGAAGUGAAAACUCAGAAUAUCAAGCUUAGUGUAAAUGAUUUCAUCAUCAAAGCCAGCGCCCUGGCCUGCCUCAAAGUUCCUGAGUGCAACUCCUCCUGGUUGGACACAGUGAUCCGCCAGAAUCAUGUGGUGGAUGUGAGUGUAGCUGUGAGCACAGCCAGCGGUCUUAUCACACCCAUAGUGUUUAACGCCCACACCAAAGGAUUGGCUGCCAUCUGCUCUGAUGUGUCAUCUCUCGCUGCCAAAGCCAGAGAAGGCAAACUGCAGCCACAUGAGUUCCAGGGAGGUACUUUCACAAUCUCUAAUUUGGGAAUGUUUGGCAUCAAGAACUUCUCAGCGAUCAUUAACCCUCCUCAGGCGUGUAUCCUCGCUGUCGGAGGCUCAGAGAAACGGUUGAUCCCUGCUGAUAACGAGAAAGGGUUUGAUGUAGUUAACAUGAUGUCAGUGACGCUGAGCUGUGACCACCGGGUGGUGGAUGGAGCCGUCGGCGCGCAGUGGCUCGCAGAAUUCCGAAAGUUCCUGGAGAAACCCGUCACCAUGCUGUUGUGAUUGGACUAGACUGCCAGUUUAAAUAAAAAACUGCAGCAGCAGGCUGAGGCCUCUCAUGGAAGUGAGAAGCCAGCCUACCACCAGGUCACUCCCAGUUAUCCUAAAGGGGAAGAGGCAGAACUCACUCCGCUUCCCUGUCUGUCUCUCCUCCUGCUCUCGCUCGCUCUCUCUCUCUCUCUCUCUCUCUCUCUCUCUCUCUCUCUCUCUCUCUCUUUCAUUUCUAUUUAUUGAGGCCCCCUCUCAUGACAGACCAGAGUUAGAAUCAUUUAUCCUAGAAUAGAGACUGGCUUUUGUCACUCAAACAGUGAUAAUGUUUUACAAAGGGAAGUGUUACAUGUCCAGCCAGCAAACAAAUUAAUCCCAAAACCUACGGGUUUGUGUGCGUGUGUGUUUGUUGGUCAAAACUUAUCAAUUAUGUGUAAAUGUGAUAAAAAAGAGCAGGAAAAGGAGCUUUCUACGGGUUCAAGUCUUUGGAAAUGGUUUCAAUCUUUAUUUUGUCUGCCUGCUGGCAAGUAAGAGAAUAAAUGUGGGUUAACUUUAAGUUCCACAGACCUCUUUAAAUCUACACACAGUCAUACAAACCUUUCCCUGUUUAGUGACCACACACAUCAAGUCAGAUAUUUAGUGUGUUUUCUGUGGAUUGAUACUACAGUGUGUAUACUUCUCACUGUGGAAAGAACACAGUGCUGUAUAUAUGUAUGGAUAUCGGUUUAAAUAACCAAGCUCUGAUGAGGCCUCGCCAUAUGAUUUAAAAUCUGUACAGUCCAAAAAUAACAACAAAUGCUCCUAUAGGAAGUCCUGAACAGUUCUGCCAACUCUUUCUCUUCCAUGAGGAUGUUUUAUUUUCUAGUCUCAGAGAAAAACACUCACCUGUAAGAUGUUCUGUAUUUCACAGCUGAAACGCACAAGGCUGGUGCUGGAUGUUAUUUGUUGUUUGAAUAAAUUGGGAGAAGUCAA